AUGGCAGCCGCAUUGCUAACGGAAGACGACUUGGAGGAACCAUCCCUCUCUGAUCUUGUCUUGAGUUUUGGGUAUAUAGGAUUCCACUCCUACUUCGCUGUGUUAAAGCGAAGAUUGGUGGUUUACCAGUCUCUUCAGUUUCUGCAGUCUGACCUCGGCUACAAACCAGCUGACAAGAACUUGGCAGAAAAUGGAGUAAAGGUGGCCCUGGAAGUUGGGUAUCGUCACAUUGACUGUGCUUUCAUCUACGGGAAUGAGGUUGAGGUUGGGAGAGCUAUAAAUGAGAAGAUUUCAGAUGGAACGGGGAAGAGAGAAGACAUAUUCUACACUGGGAAGCUCUGGUCCUCUUUCCAUGCCCCAGAGAGAGUUCGUCCCGCUCUUGAGAAAUCUCUAAAAGAUCUUCAGCUGGAUUACAUAGAUUUAUUUAUCAUCCAUAGUCCCUUUGAACCAGGAGAUGAUCCUUUCCCCAAGGAUGAAAACGGAAAAUUAAUUUAUCACAACACAGACAUUCGGGACACUUGGAAGGUGCAGCUCUGGACUCUGGAGGAGUGUAAAGAUGCCGGGUUGGUUAGAUCCAUAGGAGUUUCCAAUUUCAAUAAGAGACAGCUAGAGCUAAUCCUGAACAAUCCAGAACUAAAGUACAAACCAGUCUGCAACCAGGUGGAAUGUCACAUUUACCUAAAUCAAAGUAAACUUCUGGAGUUCCUCAAGUCAAAUGGUAUUGUGCUGGUGGCGUACAGCGUAUUGGGCUCAAGCAGGGAUGAGACAUGGGUAGACCAGAAUUCUCCAGUUCUAUUAGAAGAUCCAGUGCUAAAUGUCAUAGCUGAAAAGCUUGGCCGGACCCCUGCCCAAGUGGCAAUGAGAUACCUGCUGCAGAGGGGCAUCGUUGUCCUAGCAAAGAGCUUCACCCCAGCCAGGAUCAAGCAGAACUUUCAGGUCUUUGACUUCCUGUUAAGCGAUGAAGAAAUGAAGACUCUGGACGGAAUAAACAAAAAUAUGCGUUAUAUAAGUACUCCCCAAUGGCAGGAUCAUCCAAAGUACCCCUUCCAUGAUGAAUAUUAA